UUGUUAGAUUAAUUUAAUGUAGGUACACGGGUAUUACUUGCGUGAACAGAAACAGUUAGUUGAUAAUAAACACUAUCAAGAUUAUAUUCACUCUAGGUACCUAUACGAUAGUUGAUUACAGUAUCUUUUGAAGCAAUGAAGCAUUUAUCUCAUUUCUGUUACUUAUUUACGGAACGUUGAAGAUGUCGCACGAAUGGAAAGAUAAAGUAGUUUUUAUAACCGGUGCUGCAACGGGCAUCGGUGAAUCUGUGGUCAGGAUAUUAUUAGACGAAGGAGUUAAGCAUAUAGCGAUUUUGGACAUCGCGGAAGAAGCCGGACAAUCGUUACAAGCUGAACUGAAUUCGAAAUAUGGCAACAAAACGAAGUUCUACAGGUCUGACGUCACUGAUGAAGAGCACUUCCUGGGAAUCCUUAACGCUGUAGUUCAGGAGCAAGGCGGCAUUGAUGUAGUGAUUAAUAAUGCCGCCCUCAUGAACGACAGUAUUGGCAUUUACAAAAAAGCCAUUGAGGUCAACGUGACCGCCUUAAUAACAAGUACAUUAAAAGCCAUUGAGAUAAUGGGGAAGCACAGCGGUGGUAAAGGAGGUACAGUUAUCAACGUUUCUUCGGUUGCCGCUUUGACGCAAUCUCACGUUAUGCCAAUAUACUUCGCAACUAAAAGCGCUGUGCUGCAGUUCAGUAAUUGUAUCGGUAGACCGGAACACUUUUCGAAAACCGGGGUCCGAGUACUGACAGUGUGCUUUGGUGCAACAGACACCGCGUUGUUGACCGACGAGAAACUAGGCACUUUUGAUAAGUACUUAGAAUCUUCAUGCUUGGACCAACUAAAGAAAGGCUUCAUAUUCCAACGCAAAGAAUCCGCAGCUCAAGGCCUCGUUGAUUCUUACAAGAAAGGUGAGAGUGGCAGUACAUGGCUCGUUGUAAAUAACUUGCCGGUUCAAGAGAUCAGCGGGUCGGUCGCCGAAGCCUAUCAGAUUCUUUCUCAGAAUGUUUAUAGACUUUAAUAUCGGUAUUGCAUUUUUUGAGGACUCGUAUAUUUAUAAAACAGGAUGAAUUAUUAUGAGAUUUUUUUUAUUGCUUGUAUGGGUGGACGAGCUCACAGCCCACCUGGUGUUAAGUGGUCACUGGAACCCAUAGACAUUUACAACGUAAAGGCGCCACCCACCUUGAGAUAUAAGUUCUAAGGUCUCAAGUAAAGUUACAACGGCUGCCCCACCCUUCAAACCGAAACGCAUUACUGCUUCACGGCAGACAGGGUGGCGGUACCUACCCGUGCGGACUCACAAGAGGUCCUACCACCAGUAGAACGUGUGAUCCCUAGCUUGUACUAAAAGCUUAUUAGUUUAUAGUACUUUAUUCAUUGAUUUUUUUUGCAUCACACGCAAAUGAAGAACCAGUUAGUUAGGCGCGUAAACAAACUAACCAAUACCUUAAGCCUUCGUCAAACAGAACGCGUACUUAGCGCCGCGUACUUAACGUCGCGCUCUUCAAAUUGACUAGAUGAGUCUAACGCUCCUUGACACAACGCAUUCGCCAAAUCAUAGUGCCUUUCGAUAGCAGUGUGAAAAUUUAAAAGUAUUAAAAAAUCGAGUGAUUUAGAUGUGGCAUUGUAUAAGCAUGGGUAUUUUCUAACUAUUUAUAUAAUUUUUUCGGGCAUUAUCUAGUAUUUUAAUACACAUUCACUCGGACACUAAAAUAAAAUUUGUAAAAAAUUACAACGCCUGACGUCAAAGCGUCCUAACGCCGCGACAGAGCGCUGCGUACUUAUAGCGCUGGGGCUUUGUUUGACGGUAUGUUACCUUAAUAGUACAACCCAUCACGGCGUCAUAGCGCUGCGUCAGUUUAGCGCUCUGACGCGCGCUAAUUACGCGUUCUGUUUGACGAAGGCUUUAGAUAUAUUUGCGAUCACGAGAGAAAAGGCGUUUAUUAGGUUCGCGUUACAUUGCGGGGUAUGAAAUAAGAACAAUCAUUUUAACUUAAUCAUUGAAAAUUAAUAAUGCUUUUUAUUCAAGUUCAGGCAGAGAUAAUUGUGUAAACGAUUGUGCAUAUUGAAUAAGUCUUAGAUAAAUUGUAAAUAAACGUAUCUUCAUUA